UUUAACGGAACAGCUCAACAACAGUACCUUUUGUCUGAGAGACACAAUGAAUUCAUCACCAAAGCUCGUCCUGUAUAAUUUCUCGCACAGCUCCUGUUCAUGGCGGGUCCGCUUUGCUUUAAACCUUAAAGGACUUGAUUAUGAGUAUAAAGCAGUCAACCUUGCAAAAGGAGAGCAGUUUCGUACAGAGUUUGAACAAUUGAAUCCUCUCCGUUAUGUUCCAGUCUUGGUUGAUGGUGAUGUGGUAGUCUCGGACUCCUUAGCAAUCUUGCUGUAUUUGGAAGAAAAGUAUCCUCAGAGAGCGUUGCUGCCAGAUGAUCCUCGGCGAAAAGCUCUAAAUCUCCAAGUUGCCAGUAUCGUCUGCUCUAGCAUACAACCUCUUCAUAUGUUGGCUUUGGUGGUACAUAAACGCAUUGAAGAAAAAGUUGGUCCGGAAGAGGGAUUAUUAUGGGCACAAUCUAGUAUUGAAAAAGGUUUUUUUGCACUUGAGCAGUUGGUAAAAGACUUUGCAACCAGAUUUGCCACUGGAGAAGCAUUAUACAUGGCUGAUGUGUUUUUGGCCCCACAGAUUGCUACAGUUGUUAUGAGGUUCAACAUUGAUAUGUCCAACUUCCCUAUUUUAAGUAGGGUAUAUGAAUCAUACAAGACCGUACCGGAGUUCCGAGCUUCAUCCCCGGAAGCACAACCAGAUGCAGGGAGUUAAGUUUGUUAUUUUAUUAUAUGAAUGUCAGCAAAGCUUUAGGUUAAAGAGGUCCGGCGUAGCUAUCGAGUUACUUCUUUCUUUUUUCCCCCCUUUAUUUGAUAAAUAACUGGGUAAAAUGAAAAAUAAAAUAUCUUAUGCUUUGGUUA